UUUGUCUAUUGAAAUAAUCACAAGAUGUUUCUGAGAUCCUCCUGCUGAAUCUAGUGUUGAUUGUGUUGUGUCUCCAGUCCAGCAGGAGUCGGUAUGAAGCUCUUUAGUCCGCCGGUAAACUCACUAAACAAAGAAAGAAGAACUCACAGUUUGUUUAGAUGUUCAGCUGCUGCGUCUUUCAUACAUUUAUGUCACUUAUCUGUUUCUAUUCUUGAUGAUUUCCUCUCUUUCAUGACAGCAAACCAAACGUUUUCUCUUUGUUUUGACAAGAGCUUUAAAUAUCCUGUUUCAGGAGUCUUAUUGAGUUUUUGUGUUGAGAUGUUGAAGAUGAGUUUGCAGGUGGAUUUGAUGUGCUGUAAAUCAGUAGGAACUGAUCUGUCCAUGCUGGAUAUUGAUGAUUUGAUGACAGAAAUCUCUCAGCUGAAGAAAGAGGUGGCGUUACUGGAGGCAAAGCUGAGGGAAAGAGGAGAUCCACUGAACGGAGAGGAGCUGGAGAAGGUUUCCUGUCAAUCUUCAGUGUGUGUGACUGAUGGGACCUCCACAGAAUGUCAGGAUUCAGUGUGGAGCAUCAGAGAUCAGAGAUCUGAACAGAGAUCCAGAGACACACAGGACUCAGAGCUCAGCCUCACUUUACUCUGUUAUACUGACACUCAGGAGAGUGUGUGUGACAGUAAUCAGGGUGAUCAAACCUCCACAGAGUCUCUGGCUUCUGUCUGUAACGCUGGAGAACAGCAGAUGCUGCAGAUACCAUUGAAGAUGUGUUCAGUGAAGCUGCUGGACUGCAGGAACCUGAUGGAGAUGAGAGGAGAAACCACAGCAGAGGAACAACAUGAUGAUCACGAUGAAGAUGAUGAUGAUGAUAUUCAACAUGAUGAUCACGAUGAUGAUGAUGAGGAGGAUGUUAUUCAACAUGACAGUCGCGAUGAUGAUGAUUUUAUUCCUUCAGAUAGAAACAGUGGUUCAUGUUCAGAUGGAGAAACGACUUCUACAUCAAAAGAGUGUCUGUCAGCACAGAGUCUUUCCUGCAUCACCUGUGAGAAGAAAUUCAGCUCAAAGGGACAUUUAGCGAGACAUGAGAGAAAACACACAGAACAGAAAAUCUACAAAUGUAAGACAUAUCGGAGCAGCUUUUCUACCUCAAAAGAGAAGAAACUUCAUUCAGAAGUGCACAGAGUAAAGAAGCAGUUCCACUGUGAGCAGUGCGGGAAGGUUUUCUUUACUACUCGUUCUAAUAUGAAUGCUCACAUGAAGACACACAGCGAUAAAAAGGCAUUCCACUGCAAAGAGUGUGACAAGUUUUUCAGUACUAAAGGAGUUCUUGUUGCUCAUAAGAGACUACAUACAGGGGAGAAACCAUACAAGUGUCCUCACUGUGAGAAGAGAUUCAACCACAAGCCCCAUCUGAAGACACAUGUCCGUGUGCACACCAACGAGAGACCGUAUCAGUGCAGUGAAUGUGGGAAAACGUUUACACAGCUAGAUUCUCUAAAGUCACAUCAGAAAAUACACUCUGUGGAGAAACACUAUCAGUGCUCACACUGUGAUAAACGUUUCCAUCAAAAAUCUCAGCUGAUAAUCCAUGAGAGAAUGCACACUGGAGAGAAACCUUACCUCUGCUCUCAGUGUGGAAAGAGAUUUUCUGGUCCAGGUCAUCUCCAGAUUCAUCUGAGAGUGCACACGGGAGAAAAGCCUUAUCACUGUAGCAUUUGUGGGAUGAGUUUCUGCCAACACUAUAACUUUGUAAAGCACCAGAGAACACAUACUGGAGAAAGACCUUACAAAUGCACUCAGUGUGACAAAACAUUUGCUCGACCAGAUGUCCUGAAAACCCAUCAGAGAGUGCAUACAGGAGAGAAACCUUACAGCUGCUCUAUCUGCGGGGAAAGAUUCACUUAUUUAGGACGUUUUCAGGCUCACCAGAAGAAACAUGCUAAAGAACAAGCUACUCUUGAAUCAUCAUCAUAAUGUGUUUUCACAGCACUAUUUGUUAAAAAGUAGCUGUACAUUGCGGUCUCAUUGGCAGAUGGGGGCAGCAUCACAUUAACCUCUCAUGUGGAUUCAGAGUAGAGAUGAAUGGAGUUGAAUCAAUGAAGUUAUGUAGCUGUUUUAGUAACGAUAUGAUUUAAUCAAUGGGUCAGAGUUUGGUUGAUGUAGUAGAUGUGUAUUAUUUUAUAGUAGAUGUUUGCCAGUGAAUGUUUAUUUUUUGAUCAGCUUACGGAAAGGACUUAUCACAGUUUGCUGUCUUUGAUGUCAUAGCACAUGAUACCCAGAAAGCACACAUACAUCUCCAAGAUGUCUGUUUAAAAGUGUUUCAUCUAAAUAACAUAUAUUAAAAAUGCUCAUCCAACUCUUAUCCACCUUAUUCCUACACGCCAUGAUGCUUUGUGCGAAUGGUGGGAGUUACUUCCGCUAAGUAAACACAGUUGUAGUUGCAUCGGACAUUUAUUAAUUUUUUUGUUGUGGUGUUGAUCAUUCAUUGAUACUUCUAUAUGUGUGAGCACAGCCUGACAGAGCUUAAUAAGGACAAUAUACAGAUAGCCAUUCCAUCUUUAAUAGAGGUUUGAAAGAACGAUUUAAAGAAGUGGCCUCAGGAUAUAUGUAGAGCCGCGAAUUACAUGUUAUCCCUAAGCUCUGUAAGGACAUCGUAACAUGUUCUAGCCGAAACGACUUGAGCAAAACAUAAUACAAUACUCACCAAGACCUUGUUUAUAGCUGGUAUUGGUUUUGUUCAAUGAUUAAAAAAAUUACUCACUUUUUGACACAUCUCA